AUGACGACGGCGAGUCUCGAGCUGGAAAGCGACUACGCAGCGGGCCCGCCACAAGGAACAAGACCGCAAGGGACAUGCCUCAACGGUUCGCUUGCCCAUAUUUUAAAAAGGACCCAGACCUGUAUCGACAGCAAAGAUCAUGCGCAGGUCCGGGUUGGGUUACGGGAGCAUGUGUACCGCAAGCACGCCCUCCCUAUCAGCUGCCCGAGAUGCCACACCUCUUUUGAGUCCGAGAAGCAGAAGGAUGAACACAUUGCAGCAUCUGUGCGCUGUGAGGCCCGCGAGGUGAUUGCCUCCACGGAAGGCAUGAGUACUACACAAAAGGAGCAACUCAGAAGUCGCAAGAAGUCUGCAAAAUACGUCACCGAGGCCGAAAAAUGGAGACAGAUGUAUCUCAUUCUCUUUCCAAAUGCUGACCUUGCUUCAAUACCAAGCCCGUACUACGAGUAUGCAUCCAGUAGUUUAGAUUUUCCGAGCCAAGAAAUGUCUCGAUACGAGCAGUUCCUCCAGCAAGAACUUCCCGAUUCAGUCAGAGAGGAGCUUGAGCUUCGCAUUGAUCAGUAUCUGAACCCCAUUGAAGCAAGCCUUCGGUGCCAGCUUGUGGGUAUCGUUCGAGAUAUGCAAAUUCGACUUUUCGAUCUUUACAAGUCCAUGCAAUAUGGAAAUAUGAAUGGAGCAGAUAUAGAAGGCAUUCCGGAUAUAGAUACCGAUCGUUUCCCUGUUCCACGAACCGACGAGGAUGUCGACGAUGUGAACAAUUUUGAGGAUGAGCUCCAACAUCUCUGCCAGCCACCAUACCUCGAACAACUGCCCGAUUUCGAGGGUCUUGAGGAUCUCGAUUUCAGCUUCAGCGUUCCGCAGUCAAGCUCGGCUAUACUUGAUCCAGGUGAUCAAUACUUAUUCCAUGAUAGUGAGGGGAGGCAAACUGAUAUAGGCAAUAAAUAA